AUGCAUAAUUAAUAAUUUUGUGAAGGUAGGAAGAUUGACUUGGGGUGGUUGACAGAUGCCGCGAAUGAUUAUCAGCCUCUUCUUAUCAAAUCAUUUAGAUAGUAGUUUAAAGAGGAAUACUAGAAUAUAGCAAAUAAGGAACUGAUUACAGAUGAGAUGAUUAUGAGCCUUUGUUUGAGUGUUGAUUAGAAGAAGGAGGAAUUGGUAAUGUAAAAGAAGAGCAGUGUAACGGGUGGUUAUUUGGAUAGAUUAGUGAGAUUUGAAAAGCAUAUUCUUUAACAACUCAAGGAUCAUAAACCGGUCAAAUCAUUUCCUCUGUAUCAAAAAGUUUAUGUUGAAACCAAGGCAGCAGAUUAAAAGACGUGGUUUAAUAAAAAUGGUGAUAUGGCGAGGUUACUUUUGGAAUUUGAGAAAGGACACUCGGGUGUGUAUAUAUAUAGAAAGGAUAAAAACCAAGCUAUUAAAUGGUAAAGAUACUUGAUAAUUGAAAAAUUACUAUAAGUGAGGCCGACAUUAGUGGAGAGGUGUUUUCAUUAUUGCUAUAAGGAAUAUGAAGAUAAAUUUACAGUAACUUGGACAUUAAAGUACGCAUAGCAAAUUGGAACUUAUACGACAUAGAUGAAUCAAUUGAAAAAGUAAAAAGCGAAAUUAGAUGAAAACUUUUUGAUUUCAUUGGACAGGUAAGUCAUGAAUUAUCAUAUCAAAAAGUGGUAGGCAAAGAGUGAUAAAUAAUAUAAAGAUGAAUAGGAUUACAAGGAGAAAUUAAAGUAAUUGUCAUUAAAGGAGUAAGAGUUAUUGAAAGCUACAGAGCAAUAGAGAGAGUUGGAAAGAUUGGCAAAAGAAAAGAGAAGACUAGAACUCUUACAAUAGAUGGUCACACAUCUCAAACCUAAGAAUUAAGAAAUCAAGCGAUUUUAUAGGUAUUGGCUGGAUAGAGCAAUCCACAUUCAACAAAACAAUCCAAUGAAAUUUAGUAUAUCAUUUGUCAGUAUGUACAUGUAAAGCAAUACGCAAUUGAUAAGACCUUAAUUAGAAGUAAGAUUUGUGUCUGAAGUAUCUUAAUAACCAUAUUAUUAUUAUAGAGAACAGAAAACACUCGAGAUAUAGAGAACUCAAAACUAUUAGAUGGUUUACAAUAUCAUAUUGAGUAAAAUCCCUAUUGCACAAAGCGUUUAUUCACUUAAAUGAGUCAAUAAAGAAGAAGAGACUUCACAACUUGGGUAUUUAAGGAUGGAUUACUCGGAGCAUGUGGAAACACAUCAAUCACUAUUGAGAAUUUUGGUUUCAAAGAUUACCUUGACCUUUAAGUAAUCGACACCAUCAGUACUUAUUCAUUAUUAUUUAAUAAGAGACUAAUACAGCUUCUAAGGUUCUUAGAAUAUAAUUAUAGGAUAUGUUUCAAUUUUUGUAUGAAGGCAGAUCGUUUUGGGUGCAAUUGGAAUUUGGGCCUUCAAAAAUCUUUGUGGAAAUAGAUGUAUUGGAACAUUCAAAUUUAGAUCCUAUUUUUUUAGAUAGAUUGAAGUUCAUAUAAUUGAAUGACAUUCUCAGAAAAAUAGUGGUUAAGAUAAUCGACCAACGAACUCCAGUAAUAAUUAUUUAUCAAAUUAUCUAAGAUUCCAAUUGUUGAAACUGUGAGAUAUAGUCUUGAAGUUAAUAAAUAUAGCAAAGAAAUUCAAAAUCUUUAUUAACGAUUCUAUAUCGAAAACAUUUGUUUAUAGCCUCAAUGCAUACCUACAGCUUGGUUUUCAACGUUGGAUGGAAUUGAAAGAGUAGUUAAACCUAUCACAGAUAUACUAAAGAGAAAUUUCUAAGAUUUUAAGGAUAGUAGUGAAAAUGUGCAAGUUUAUCAAAAAUUAAAAUCAACUCCAAAUUUGAACCUACCUUUGGAGAAGGAUGUUAAUGAUUUUAUGAGUAAAUUGCCUGUUAAUUAAGCAAAUUAACAUAAAUAAUUUCAUGGCAUGUUGAUGACAUUCUUAAUAUAUUGCAAUCUCAGAGGAAUCUAAUUGAAUGUUCAAAUGCUAAAUAGUCUAUUUAAAAUAGCAAGUAAAUUCAUAUGCAUAACUCAUUGUCACUUUUUCUAUAAGUUAUCAAACCCUGUGUUUGGUAAUAAAUUUGAUUCUGAAGCUUAAGCCUUUUGGCUAUUUGUCUCUUUUUUGGAUCUGAUGAAGAAUAUUCACUUCCCAUUGACCAAAGACGAUUCAGUGUUUUGUCCCUAAGAAACAGUCAUUUAAUAUUUGGAGUUUCAACAUGUGAAUCUGAUCAAACAUUGCAAAGUUUAUGACAUUGCUAUUGAUAAUUUCAUGCAUGAAACUCUUUGUUGCCUAUACACUAACAUUGUCUAAUCUCUGCCCUUGUAUAAUAUUUGGAGUUUAAUCAUAAGAAAGAUGUCCUCCAAUAAGAAUGUCUAUAUCAUAGUGUUGAUUGUAUUGAUUGAGGAAUUGGGAGAUAAAUUACUUAUAUGUUAAAACAUAGAGGAUUUUAAAAAUGCCAUCUGCUUGCAAGGUAAUAAAAUCAAACAUAUCAUCUAGCCUAACUUAUGGAUAUCCUUCAAUUAGAGGCAGCUUACUCAAAUUGUGAAUCAACUUUGAAUAGAAUUAUAAAUUCAGAACAAUCCAUUCAGCAAUCGGUUGAACACUCCAAUAUCCAUGGCCCAUUAAUAUAGGAUCAAUGA